UCAAUGAUAUCACUCUAAUACUAAUAGUACAGAAAGAACAAUAGGCUUUCAAUUGUCUUACAUUGAUUAACUUUGUUAAUUAUUUCAUAAACCCUAUUUGAUUAGAUUCAUGUCUUCUAAUAUUUUUUUUUAUUUGUCGCUAAUUAUAAUUUUCUUUGAUUUCAAGUUUCUAAAACUCAAAAGUACUUAAACAUGUUAUAAACUUACAAGUUACCAUUUGGGAUAUAAGAAGAAAUUGUACGUAACUCUUUUAUUAUGGUUGAGGAAACCUUAAACAGUUUCUGUGGUUCACCAUUUUGGGAUAAUAAUGUUACAUGGUAUACGGAAUCUCCUAGAUUUACUCAAUGUUUCGAAAAGACUGCUCUUGUUUAUAUACCAUGUAUGUUCCUUUGGAUCUUUGCCGCUGUUGAGAUUUAUCUUAUACAUAGCAGUAAAGCAAAAGACAUCCCCUGGAAUUGGAGAAGCAAAUUAAAAUUGGUAUUUAUUUUUGUGCUGAUUGCUAUAUGUCUAUUUGACAUUAUAUUCAACAUUUUUAAAAUAAAGGUGUUUCUUGCGGAUAUUUUUACUCCCAUAGUUAAAAUAAUUUCCUUGGUACUAUGCUGUAUAUUAGUAACUCUUCAUCGAAAGUUCGGAAAAAGAUCUUCUGGGCUAAUGUUUCUUUUUUGGUUUCUUGUAGUUUUAUUUGGAUUUCCACAGCUCUUCUCAUCAGUUGAAGUACUAUUGAUAGGGCAUCCAUCAAAUAAUGGAGAAAAUGUAAUGAGCUAUUUUUUUAUCGUUUAUUACUUUUUUUCAUUAAGUUUGUUCAUACUUCAAUGGAUUGUGGACCUUCCCCCAGCUUCUACUAGUUAUGCUCCUGUUAAAAAUCCUUGUCCAGAAGAAUCUGCUUCCUUCCCUUCUCGAAUAACAUUUUCUUGGUUUAAUCACUUGCUGUCUAAAGGAUUUAAAAAGACAUUGACUAGCAAUGACUUAUGGUCAAUGGAAUUUCAUAAUACAGCAUUGCAAGUUUUCUCUCUUUUUAAUAAAUAUUGGAAUGCCUUUAUCGUCAAGAAAAAUGGCUUGGUUUUUAAAAACUCUGCAAAAUUUAUGAAGAAUGAGGACAGUGUAAAAAUUGCAGGAAGUGAAACGGUAUACAAACCUUGUUCUAUAGUCCCACCUUUAUGCAAGGCUUUUGGACCUGAAUUUGCUGUUUGUUCCAUUUUCAAAAUUAUACAAAUCUUUUUAUCUUUCGUCAGUCCUCAACUUUUAAAAUAUUUGAUUUUAUUUAUGGAACGUGAUGAACCAAUGUGGCAUGGUUAUUUAUAUGCUACUUUACUGUUGGUUUUUUCCACAUUACAAAUGUUUUUUAUGACUCAGUUUGGGAAAAUUUCUCAAAUUAUCGGCCUCCGUAUCAGAAGUGCUCUCACACUGGCCAUUUAUAGAAAAGCUUUGAAACUAUCUAAUUCUUCAAAGAAAGAAUCGACUGUAGGAGAGAUUGUUAACUUGAUGGCUGUCGACGCUCAGAGAUUUUAUCAACUGAUUAAUUCAUUGAGCAAUCUGUGGUCUUUCCCUGUACAGAUUCUUUUAGCUAUAACCCUACUUUGGCAAAGCUUAGGGCCCUCAGUACUUUCAGGAUUAGCUGUUUUGGUUAUUAUGGUUCCUUUCAAUGGAUAUCUGGUUAGCAAAACAAGAGGGUUUCAAGUCAAGCAGAUGAAGCAUAAAGAUGAAAGGAUUAAAAUAAUGAAUGAAGUUUUUUCUGGAAUGAAGGUGCUGAAAUUGUAUGCUUGGGAGCCAAGCUUUCAGGAAAGAAUCUUAAAAAUAAGAAAAAAAGAAGCUAACCUGCUAAAGAAAACAGCUCGUCUAAAGGCAGUCAUUACAUUUAUGUGGGCAUCUGCACCGUUCUUGGUCUCACUUGUAACAUUUGCAACUUAUGUUCUAAUUGAUGAAAAUAAUAUUUUGGACACAUCAAAAGCAUUUGUUUCUUUGGCUCUCUUCAAUAUCUUAAGGCCUCCUUUGAUCGUCCUUCCUUUGGUUUUUAGUAAUGUUAUGCAAGCAGGUGUAUCGAUAAAAAGGUUGAAUAAAUUUUUGAAUAGUGAAGAAUUAGAUCCAAAUGAGGUGACGCACCAUGAUAAAGAUGGCAAAGACGCAUUAAAAAUUGAGAAUGCUACAUUCUCUUGGGAAUUUAACGGAGAACCAACACUACACCAACUUAACUUGCAAGUGCAACCUGGGGCUUUAGUCGCAGUAGUUGGAGCUGUAGGCUCCGGUAAAUCUUCAUUAAUCUCAGCUUUCUUAGGAGAGAUGCAUAAAGUAUCCGGACAAAUCAGUAUAAAAGGUUCUAUUGCUUACGUACCACAGCAAGCUUGGAUUCAGAAUUGUACCCUCCAAGAUAAUAUAUUGUUUGGGAAGAAUUUGGACGAUGAAAGUUAUAAUAAAAUAAUUGAUGCUUGCGCUCUUAGACAGGAUUUGGCAAUUCUUCCUGGAGGAGAUCAAACUGAAAUAGGUGAAAGGGGUAUCAACUUGAGUGGUGGACAGAAACAGCGGGUGAGCCUUGCUAGAGCUGUUUACUCAGAUUGCGAUAUCUAUUUUCUUGAUGAUCCAUUGAGUGCCGUUGACAGCCAUGUUGGCAAAAGUAUAUUUGAAGAAGUCAUCAGUUCUCGAGGGAUUCUGAUGAAAAAAACUAGGUUGUUCGUCACACACAAUAUUACCUAUUUAUCAGAAACAGACCUGAUUGUAGUUCUGAAGGAUGGUGAGAUAUCAGAAAUCGGAACAUACAACGAACUGCUCGAUAAGAAAGGAGCGUUCAAAGGCUUCAUUACUACUUAUUCCAAUGAUAUAGAUAAUGAUGGUUUACAAGCUAUUGAUAGUGAAUUGAGGGAGCACAUUUCGAACAGUAAUCCAGAGCUUAGUCAGCAAAAAUCAUUUGUUAAUUCGAAUUCAGACUCUUCUACAAGAAUGAGAAAACGACAGGAUCAAAAUGGUGAUUUGAGUUCCUCUGGCCCUGUAGGAGGGAAAAGUAAAAGUGAAAGAUUGGUUAAGGAAGAGAAAUCUGAAGUUGGCAAGGUAAAAUGGAAAGUUUACUCUGAUUACUUGCAAGCUAUCGGUUUAAUGAUGUUUUCUGCUACAAUUAUUUUUACAAUUAUUCGCCAAAGUUUUUCAAUUGGUUCUAACAUCUGGCUUUCUGAGUGGUCAAGUGAUAAGAGCAUUGCAUUUAAUGGCUCUCAGGAUGUUAGUAAGAGGAAUAUGUAUCUGACAGUCUAUGGAUUGUUAGGUUUCGGAGAGACUGUUUCAACUUUUUUUUCUUCAAUAUUUUGGUUUGUUGGAGCUGCUGAUGCUGGUACACUCUUGCAUUAUGCAUUAUUAGUCAAUAUUAUGCAUUGCUCUAUGACGUUCUUCGAAACUACUCCUCAGGGUAGAAUUAUUAGCCGUUUUGCGAAAGACAUCGACAUUAUAGAUAACGUCAUACCUUCAAGUGGAAAACAAUUGCUUGCUUAUAUGUCUGCAGAAAUUGGAACUAUUCUUGUCAUAUCUUAUUCAACUCCAAUCUUUAUAGUUGCCUUUAUUCCAAUCAGCUUUGUGUAUUAUUUCAUUCAGAGAUAUUAUGUUACUACUUCACAACAAUUGAAGAGGCUGGAGUCUGUUUCAAGAUCACCUAUCUAUUCUCACUUUGGUGAAAGCGUUUCAGGUUCAUCAACAAUAAGGGCCUACGGCGUUCAGGAGAGAUUUAUAAAAGUAUCUGAAGAAAAAGUAGAUUACAAUCAAGCCUGUACUUAUCCCAGUAUUAUUGCAAACAGGUGGCUUGCAAUAAGACUUCAAAUGUUAGGUAAUUUGAUAGUCUUCUUCUGCGCACUGUUUUCAGUCAUUGGAAAAGAGUCAUUGAAUCCUGGUAUUGUGGCGCUUUCUGUCACGUAUGCACUUCAGAUUACUCAGUCCUUAAUAAUGUUAACCAAUACAAGUGCAGAAGUCGAAACGAAUAUUGUUGCUGUUGAAAGAAUCAAGGAAUAUGCUGAACUUCCUGGAGAAGCAGCCUGGGAAAUAUCUCCUAGUCCGAUUCAGGAUGACUGGCCAAAGGAAGGAGAAGUUGAAUUUGUAGAUUAUCAGCUGAGGUAUCGACAUGGAUUAGACUUGGUACUUAAUGGAAUCAAUUUGUCUAUCAAAGGUGGCGAAAAGGUUGGGAUAGUUGGUCGUACAGGCGCUGGCAAGUCAUCUGUAACCCUAGGCCUGUUCAGAUUAAUUGAACCAGCUGGAGGAAAAAUAAUCAUUGAUGGCGUUGAUAUUUCAAACGUUGGCCUUCAUUCCUUGAGAUCUCGUCUUACAAUAAUCCCUCAGGAUCCUGUCCUGUUUUCCGGUAGUUUACGAAUAAACAUUGAUCCGUUCGGCCAUCACAGCGAUGAAGAAGUUUGGAAUACCUUAGAGUUAGCUCACUUGAAAUCAUUUGUCAAAGGGCUAACAGCUGGUCUACAUCAUGAAGUUUCUGAAGGGGGUGAAAACAUCAGUGUUGGCCAAAGGCAGUUGAUAUGUCUCUGUCGAGCACUUCUCAGAAAGACAAAGAUUUUGAUCCUCGAUGAAGCUACUGCAGCGAUUGAUCUUGAAACUGAUGACUUCAUUCAAAAAACGAUACGCAAUGUGUUUUCUGACUGCACUGUGCUUACCAUAGCCCACAGGAUAAAAACAAUUCUCGAUUCUGACAGAGUCCUGGUUUUGGGCCAUGGAUCAGUUGUGGAAUUCGACGCACCUUCAGUCUUGCUCAAAGAAAAAUCAUCAGCCUUCUCCAAGAUGGCUCACGAUGCAGGGAUUGCAUAAUUAAUUGCAUUAAUAAUUAUUUCAUAUAAUCUUUCUUGGCUGUGACAAAUUCCAAAGCAUGACAUUUUCACCCAUUUGGAAUAGUAUAGUUUUUAUUUAGUCUCAUUUUGUAGUGAUUCUCCAUCUGAUUAGUUACUUAAUUUCUAUUUUGACUUAUACAUGGAUUAGAGUACUUAAAUCAUUUUUAUAAAUAUGAUUAUUUAAUAAUGUUUUGUUAUUAUAUGAAUUUCAAUAAAAUAUUAUUAAUUUGUCAGUAUUAUUGAUUAUAUAAAAACACAUUGUGAAUCCAAUUUAGUUAAGCAUAUGUUGACUCAUUUCAAAUUCCAGCAUGUAAGUGUUAACUUUGUGGCAUACCUUCUUGACCCAGUUAAAAUACUU